AUGAGCGGGGAUGAAGGCGGUCGCCGAGAAGAGCGACGGUUUGCAGCUGCCAGCACGGCAGCAGCCAGGGCGGACUACAUUCCACGAGACCGAGACCCACCGCCGACCUACGACGGAGAGAAUCCUGAAACCACCUUCCGACAGUUUGAGAAGCAAGCCCAGCUAUGGCUGUUUGAGACGGAGGUCCCGGAGACCAAGCGCGGCGUCAAGCUCCUGAGACAGCUCACAGGAGUAGCCGCCACGGCGGUCGACGACAUGGAGGUCAGCGAGAUCGUGCAUGAGCAGGGCGUGAAGAACAUCAUGCAGAAGUUGAGGGAAUACUUCACGCCUCACCUUGAAGUGUCUUUGCCACGGGCCUUCGAGACCGCAGUCUACGGGACGCCCAAGCAGACCAAGGAGACCUUCGCCGAGUAUGCCAAACGAAUGGAGAGGGCAUUCACGAAUUUGGCCAAGGAGGGUGUGGACCUGCCGGCCGACGCCAGGGGCUACAUCCUCUAUCGUCAGGCCUCCUUGACGGAAGCUCAGGAUCAGAAGUUGUUGACAUGGACGCAAGGCAAAUACAGCCGAGCUGAAGUGACCAGUGCACUCCGUCGCCUGGAUAAGGUGGUGAGGGACAAGGCCAAGAGCAGCUUCCAGGUCGAAGGGACCUACUUGACUGAGGACUCCAUGGAUGACAAUCGAGCCUUCUUUGUCCGCAUCGACGAGGAGAACACGGCAGCGGCUGAGAGCGGCGCCCACUUUUGGUUUCAGCAAGAAACCUCCGAACGACAGGCCAAAGAUGGCACUGGCGUUGUUUUUGACGAUGCUGAGCGCUCCGAUGUUGGGGCAUACAUGGAGCGGCAGCCUGGGGCUAUCACGUUUUGUGGGAUUUCAACACAACCGCAUCAUGGGGUUGUGGACACUGCGGCUGAGGGUGGUUUGGUAGGAACCGGUCCCCUCAAGAACAUCGAGGUCGAGUUGGCACGGCAUGCAUUGAAGGUUAGAUGGAUUCCCAAGAAGUCGCAAGCCAAAGGAGUCGGAGGGGCAGCCACGGUGGAGGGCACGGUUCUUAUUCCCAUCGGGAUUGCAGGGGUGAAUGGAAUCUUAGAGUGCACUGUGGUUCAGGGAGAUGUACCCCUUCUUUUACCCGUUCGUAUGCUCCGUGCUCUCGAGUCGUUGAUCGAUUUGAAACGUGGAACUAUGACACUUCAGUCACAUGGUCGAAUUGUGGACCUUCAUCAACUACCUAGUGGCCAUGUCACGAUUGAUGUGUUUCAAUUUGCAUCCGGGAAGUUCGUUGUCCCGGACGACGCUGGCAGUCAAGAGGAUUUUGAGACUCGGAAACCUUCAUGUUUUCUACCCAUGUCGGCGCUGUUGGCGAAAGCAAAGCAACUGGUGGGAGUGCAACCGACUCAAGAUGCUGUGCCCAUGGAAGUUCAUCCGAAGGUGUACAACUCCAAGGUACCCAUUCGGAACUGGCGAGUCAUCAUGGACAAGAUCGCCGUGAUCCUCAUCCUCGCAGCAAUGCAGGACGCUACAGAAGCCUGGUGCUUGGAGUUGGGAUCACAGCGCUUGGGCCCGUCCUCUGCCGACAGCCUGGAGGACUACUAUUCGGAGGUGAUCCGCACCGCCAAGACCUUGGCGCCUUUGAAGAGCAAAGAGGCCCCCAGGACUGCGAUCAGCGCAUGCACACAUCCCAAGAACCAGCUUCGUGGGGGAGGCAAUGGCUCAGCCUCGUACAUCGUGUGCCGGCAGUGCCAUUCCAGAUGGGCCCACAACCAAAAGGCGGCAGACGUCCGCAAGCUGCUGAAGCAAGGCCCCUUGAGCAUUACCCAGGGAGUUACUAUCCCGACUACUCCAUCGGCACCGUCGACUCCUCCGAGGGCAACCAUGACUAUGCCUACGAGUCCACCGACGGGAACUGGCGCAAUGGAGGCUCACGGGAUCUACCAACAGUUGAUCCCCUACUCUCCGGGAAGUCCAAGCCAGGAGCAGAUUGCCCAGCUGCAGGAGAGCCUCAAGAGCCAAAUGGAGGGACAGGCAGCGUUCCUGAUGCAUCAAAUGAGGAACGAGCAAGCUGCAUCGGUCAUCAAGAUGUCCGAGAUGAACAUGACGCAGAUGCACCAGUUCAGCGAGGAGAUGAAGAAGGCAGCUCAAGCCAGCCGAGAACAAGAACUGCGUCAAGAGAAGCUCCUACAGAUGUUGGUGCAGAUGAAGGAGGAGCAAGCCAAGGCGGAUCCAGCGGGAAGCCUGCGGAACGACUGCAGGUGA